CAUGGCCGUUAGCAUGCAAGGUGCUCGCUUGUAGCGCGAGGAAUUGAACGUUACUUGCACAAAGAACAACAAGUGCCAUGGUGCUGUAUAUUAAUAUAAACGUUGGUCAGAGGGUCGAAGUUUUAAUAGGCGGGGGGAUAUAUCGCGGAACUAUUCAGUAUAAAGGAUGCAUCAUCACGAAAAAUGGAGAAUGGGUGGGGGUUGCACUUGAUGAUCCAGUUGGUGACAACUGUGGAAUGAUUUUAGGACGAAGAUAUUUUCAGUGUCGUGACAAGUAUGGAAUAUUUGUCAGAGCCAGCAAGAUCAGGUUUAUCUCAAGUGGGAGAAGGUUAUUUAACAAAUACCAUCGUGUCAUAGACGACGAUGCCGUGGAAGAGAAUCUGUUCCAUACUGAAAAGCCGGCAGUCACCAAUGGUCCAUAUGACCCAGUACGGAUGUCCUCGGAAGACUUUAGCCGAGUCAGGAGCUCCCUAGGCUUUUCCCUAGAUCAAAUAUUUCCUCACUGCCCAACACGAAGACACCACAAUCUAAGCCAUGCAGUAGGAAACAAGAUCCCGGCCAUCACGAUGCUCCGACCUUCUACAAGCAUGGCCUCGUUCCGCUACCACACCCAGCCCAUACACACCUCGUACAGUAUAGAGAACGACUUCAUCCCAAGUCCAUCCAUUCCGAAGACCCACAUGCCGUACACGGCACUACGGAGACAGGUUCGUCGAGGAUGGGACAACGCACACUAUGUACGAGAAAUGAGUGUCCCAUCUGGUAGAGAAAGGAUGAAAAUGUCACAAUGGAACGACAUCUCAGAAUAGUUAAUGUAUGAUUAUCAUCACUUUUGUUAUGGCUGUGAUUGAGAGGACCUACAUGCAGGGUGCGAUUUCAUGUUUUUUUGAGAACCUGCAACGAGUGCAAACUUGCUUAUAGAUUUGGCUGCACCAUCAAACUGUAGGUUGCACCAGAAAAUAAUGUCACUGGUUCUAAAAAGUAACAUUUGUUUAGCAAUUUCACAACAAGUACUCAGUAUCAGAUACGUUCAACAGAACCUGACCCCAUGAUGCUAAUGAUGAAUGAUUCUGUUUCAGUUUUGCAUUAUUUACAAAUCUCAAUUAUAUGAUUACUUCUACGUCACUGAUUUAUGAGUACACAAGUCUUUCUGCUUGUAACAAGUCACGCAGAGGCAGAGUGAAUGGUAUUACUUCCAGUCACUUAUUUCCCAAUUAAAACACACAAUGACAGCUAUCAGAUGCUGGAAGAUUAUUUUUACCUGUACCAGGUGCAACCUGUUACUGAAGGUAACCAGUGCACCAGCUAUUGUCAGCAUGCACAAGUGCAGGUUGUAAAUAGAGAAAUCGCACCUUCAUAUGUAUUCAUAUGUGUCUAACAAAUAUCAAGACAAAUGAACAUACUGAUAAACAACAGUACCUCAAAGACAAGACACAUACUACUGGUAAUGUCUUAUUAAUUUUUUUGCCAUAUUUUGUGAUAAAGACUUUUUUCAAGUGCCAUUAUUGAAAAUAUAAAAAUUGUAAUAUUUUGGCAGAAAUUGUCCAUAUUUCCAAGGCUUAAUACUUGUAUUGUUAUCAAUAUUACCAAUUCAUACAUAUAUCAUUAGAUAUAUCCUGAUGCUUUGUUUUUGAAUCUGUCAACGAAGAUCCUAUUAACUGUAUUUUUAAAAAGCAUUAGUGUUUUUAAAAAGCUGAUUUGUUUGAAAACACGGAAUCCUUUUCAACAUUUAUUAUUAAAGAAGCAUUAGUGUUUUUUAAGAAGCUGAUUUGUUUGAAAAGUCGAAGUCUUAUUCAACAUAUAUUAGUGGCCGAUGUGCUAGAAGGGUGUUUAUUGAGCACCUCAGUUACCAUCAGUACUGAAGUAUAAGACAAAAUAUUAUGGAUGUCAACUUCUUUAUUGUACAUGUAUACACAAUGUUUCUGGGCUUUUCCUUGCCCCUUCAUCUGAUGAAUGAUGAUUUAUGUAUACAAUAAGGAUGAGUGAGUGAGUGAGUUAAAAUUUGAAGUCACAUUGGCAAUAUUCCAGCCAUAUCGUGACUAAAC